AUGAUCCACAUGAUCAACCACGCCGCUCACGCGUUCGAGGAGGAGUGCGUGCCGGGGUCGUUCAAGGAGUCGUACGACGCGUACGCGUUGAUGUUCGCGAUGAUUGCGGCAAUACUGAUUGAGUCCAAUGUUGAGUGGCACUGCAACAGUCCCAGCGCUGUUCGGUUUGUGCUGCUGCUGUCUUGCUUCAGUGGUUUCUUGGUGUUUUCUUAUUUCUCUUCACCUCCCCCCUCGCCUCUGUGUGGCAUGUAUGUAUGUGUGGCCCGAAGUAGUCAAGUUCGCUCAAGCGAGAAAGUUCAGUGGCCCCCUCCACACACAAACGCCAUGUCGCGUGUCCCGAUCAGCGAGGAGCAGGCGCAGCAGAUGCUCAUGAAGCAGCAGGCGCAGCAGGAGCGCGCGGAGGCGAUGAGCGAGCAGAAGGAGAGUCUGCUGCGCGCCUUCGUCAGUGCGGAGGGGCGCGAGCGGCUGAAGCGCAUUGAGCAGGUCCGCGCCGACCGUGCCCACGCCGUCGAGGCGUACAUCAUCCAGUCGGUGCGCCAAGGGAAGCUGCAGCCACCCGUCUCGGAUGAGACGGUGCGCGAGAUCUUGGCGCAGGUCUCCUCGCAGGGCGCGGAGGCGAAGAGCAACAUCACAUUCGCGCGGAAGCGCAUGGAUGACGACUGGUAG